AUGGCGGCGGUAUCCCAGCUGAAGAUUCGUACGCCUGAAGAGGCUGUGGCAAGAAUUGCUUAUUUGUCCAGCGACGUUAUCGUCUCUGUGCAGCCCGCCCAGUCAAUUGAGUCCGAGUUCUCUCGACAUCUGCGCCGGUAUGCUGGCCGCAAGGACAGAAGUCUUGUUGCUGCCAACGAGAAUGGUGUUCCCGAGAUUCAAACCGUUAGACAUAAUGCCGACCCUCUACUAUCCGUAUUCGCCCCAAUUCGAAGUGGCAGACUCGUUUCCGUCACCACGAGCUCCUCCAUCCUCAUAUCUUCAGUUCCACACCUCUAUCGACUGGCAAACCUCCCAGUUGUGAUCCACGUCUCCCUACAGCCCGCCAACUACCCCGACUACUCCUCGAUCACUUCAAUCCGAAAUUCCGGCUUUACAUUCCUCCAAUCUGAGACAUUACAAGAAGCUCAGGAUAUUGCUUUAACUGCCCAUGCCCUGGCAAUUAAGUCAGGCAAGGGAGUCAUACAUUUCUUCGACGCUGGGUCGUCUUCGGAGGACAACCAUAUUGCUUUUGAGGAUGCGGACCUCGUCAGGGAUAUUUUGGACCUGGAUGCCGUCAAAGCGUUCCAAAGCAGUAAAAUUGGUGGGACCAGCAUAUAUGCAGACAAUGGAAGAGUAGCCACUAUUUCCGAGACUGCGGAAGCCCAGGGUUCUACAGCUGCCACGGGAGUAGCUGGAGCGACUUCCACUCUAGCUGUAGAGGCAGUCCCUUCCCAAAUCCCCUCGAAGGCAUCAUCAGUUGGCUCGUCUUCGAAAUCUGGGAGAGAGAGCAGCGUCGACAGCAAGGAUACAGCUUCUUCAGCAACUACCGUGGAACAAUCUACGGUCCGGCCGGUCACUUCGGAUGAUAUCUACAAUUUCGUAUCCGCCAUUUGGGCACAGUUGAAGCAAAGUGCGGGACGAGAAUAUACCCCUUUCCAGUACUCUGGACCAGCAAACGCAGAAAACGCUUUAUUCAUUUUUGGAUCUGAUGUUGGGGCUUUUGCUCAAGCUAUUGAUGCUGCCAAGCCAAGCGAGGGUUUUGCCAAGGCCGGUGUCAUCACAGCACGAUUAUACAGACCUUGGUUGGGAUCUAAGCUUAUUGAGACUAUUCCAAAAUCCAUUAAGCGAUUGGCGGUGCUGGAACAGAUUCGGAGAAAGACCACCAAGUGGGGACCUCUACUUCUUGAUUUGCUAACAACUUUGAAAUCUGGACCUGGUGGUGGAGUUGAGACGAUAGUUGGCCAUCAAUUAGGAUAUAUUACACCAGAUACCGUCCGACAGGCUUUGCGUGGCGUCUUUCAAAACUUAACGUCAGAGAAACCAAUUCAAAACCUUGAGGUUGGAAACCCCGAAGGACCAACCGAGUCACGCGAAGCCUAUGAUCUCUCCCAGCCAAAAGUUGAAUCGGCAUACAUGAAGAUAUUGGAUCAAAUUUUUGGCAAUAGACUAUAUUUGGCGAAUGCACUUGGUUCUCAGAAUGCGGGUAUUUCGGCUACGAUUGCAUCAAAUCCAGAAUUUGGGUUUGGAUCUCUCAUUGCUAGAAAGGAACAUCGCCAACGAUUUAUUGGCGAGGUUCAAGAAGCUGCAAACUCGAAGGCCUUUGUCACCGAAGCGCCUAAACCCUGGCUUGCAAAAUGGGUAGCCAACCUGGGUGAUGAAAAGAAGGCUAGCGAAUUUGCAGAGGAGAUUAUUGCUCGUCUUGAGACCGAUGGUUCUCCUCUGUCUAGAGAGUUACUUUCAAGUAAGGGUCUAUUCCGCAAGGAGUCUCCUUGGCUUGUUGGAUCCGAUGCCUGGGCCUAUGAUCUUGGGACUUCAGGUGUACACCACGUUAUCACUUCUGGCGAGAACGUCAACAUGCUCAUUAUUGAUUCUACGCCGUACUCGGAGCGGGCAGCCGCAGACGCUGCACGGAGAAAGAAGGAUAUUGGUCUGUACGCUAUGAACUAUGGUAACGCUUAUGUUGCUUCCGUGGCGGUAUACAGCUCAUACACACAAGUCCUUCAGGCAAUGAUCGAGGCAGACCAGUUCAAUGGUCCGUCUGUGGUUAUUGCUUACCUCCCGUACUUUAAGGAGAACGACUCACCCUUGACGGUGCUUCAAGAGACCAAAAAGGCAGUGGAUCUUGGCUAUUGGCCAUUGUAUAGGUGGAACCCUCAGAACGAGGAGAAGGGAGAAUCAAACUUCUCUUUGGACUCCGAGCGGAUCAAGACUGAACUCAAGGACUUCUUGGCUCGCGACAAUCAUCUUACUCAAUUAAUGAAGAGACAUCCAGAAUUCUCUUCCAACUUGUCGGAAGAUUACGGAACCGAAGUACGUGCGCUGCAAAAGCGAAAGGCCAAGGAUGCCUAUGCUGCGCUUCUCGAGGGGCUUUUCGGAGCACCAUUGACGAUUCUUUUUGCUUCCGACAACGGAAAUGCCGAGUCGCUGUCUAAGCGUCUGGGUAACAGAGGCAAAGCCCGUGGCUUGAAGACACUCGUCAUGGCUCUGGAGGACUACCCAAUCGAAGACCUGCCAAAUGAGGAGAAUCUUGUGAUUCUCACCAGUACCGCAGGCCAGGGUGAGUUUCCCCAAAAUGGUCGUUCAUUCUGGGAAGCGAUCAAAGACAACACCGAGCUCGAUCUUGCCACUGUAAACUACUCUGUUUUCGCUCUUGGUGACAGCCACUAUUGGCCUCGUAAGCAGGACAAGCACUACUACAACAAGCCAGGAAAAGAUCUGGACCGUGUCCUGACAAAUCUUGGCGGAAAGCGUCUCGCAGAGGUUGGUAUGGGUGACGAUCAAGAUCCCGAUGGAUACCAGACCGGCUACCAAAUCUGGGAGCCUCUCAUCUGGCAGGCACUGGGAGUUGACAAAGUUGAGGGAAUCCCAGACGAGCCUCCACCAAUUACCAACGAGGAUAUCAAGCUCUCUUCCAACUUUCUACGCGGUACGAUUGAGGAAGGUCUGGCAGAUCCUUCUACAGGUGCAAUUUCUGCCCCUGAUCAGCAGCUGACCAAAUUCCACGGAACAUAUAUGCAAGACGAUCGCGACCUCCGGGAUGAGCGUAAAGCGCAAGGUCUAGAGCCAGCCUACUCUUUUAUGAUUCGAUGCAGACUACCCGGUGGUGUCUCAACUCCAAAACAAUGGAUCCAGAUGGACGAUGUCAGUAAUGACUUUGGAAACGAGACGAUGAAGUUGACUACGCGUCAAACUUUCCAAUUCCACGGCGUUGUCAAGGGCAAGCUCAAGUCCGCUAUGCGAGGCAUCAACAAGUCUCUGAUGACCACAAUUGCUGCAUGUGGUGAUGUGAACAGAAAUGUUAUGUGCAGCAGUUUGCCAACGGCCUCAGCGUAUCACAGAGAAGUCUACGCAUGCUCGCAGAAGAUCUCUGAUCAUCUGUUGCCAUCCACUACUGCAUACUACGAGAUUUGGCUCAAGGACGAGAAUGACAAGAAGACUCUGGUUGGUGGUGAUGCGGUACAGGACUUUGAGCCAUUGUACGGCCCCACUUACCUUCCCAGAAAGUUCAAGAUUACUAUUGCCAUUCCUCCCCACAACGACACCGAUGUAUAUGCACAUGAUGUCGGUCUCAUUGCUAUUAAGGGCAAGGAUGGCCAUUUGGCUGGCUUCAAUCUACUCGCUGGAGGUGGUAUGGGUGUUACGCAUAACAACAAGAAGACUUAUCCUCGAACUGGAAGCAUGCUCGGAUAUGUAUCAAAGGAGCAGGUACACAUUGCCUGUGAGAAAGUGAUGCUCGUCCAGCGUGAUCACGGGGAUCGCAAGAACCGAAAGCACGCACGUCUAAAGUACACCAUGGAUGACAUGGGAGUCGAUGUCUUCCGCGGCAAGGUCGAGGAGCUGUGGGGCCAAGAAUUCGGAAAGCAAAAGCCCUUCAAAUUCCUGAGUAACAUUGAUACUUUCGGCUGGUUAAAGGACGAGACUGGAUUGAACCACUUCACAUUCUUCAUCGAGAACGGUCGUAUCGAAGACACCGCCGAGUUCCCAAUGAAGACCGGUCUCCGCGAGAUCGCAAAGGUUCACAAGGGCGAGUUCCGCCUGACUGGUAACCAGCACCUGAUCAUCAGCAACGUCACGGAUGCCGAUCUGCCCAAGAUUAAGAAGAUGAUGGCCAAGUACAAGCUGGACAACGUUCAAUUCUCUGGCCUCCGUCUCUCCUCAUCCGCAUGCGUCGCAUUUCCCACCUGCGGUCUCGCCAUGGCGGAAAGUGAGCGCUACCUACCCGAACUCAUCACUAAGCUCGAGGGCGUGAUUGAGGAGAACGGCAUGCGUCAAGACUCCAUCGUCAUGCGCAUGACGGGUUGUCCCAACGGCUGCGCUCGUCCUUGGCUCGCGGAAGUCGCUUUCGUGGGUAAGGCAUAUGGUGCUUACAACAUGUAUCUUGGGGGCGGCUACCAUGGCCAGCGUCUUAACAAGCUGUACAGGAGCAGUAUCAAGGAAGAUGAGAUUCUUGGGAUCAUGAAGCCGUUGCUGAAGCGGUACUCGCUGGAACGUACGGAGGGUGAGCAUUUUGGUGAUUUUGUUAUCAGAAUCGGCGUUAUCAAGGAGACGACCGAGGGGAAGACUUUCCAUGAUGAUGUUGCGGAAGAGGAAUCGGAUGAGGAAUAA